AUGAAGGAGGAGAAACCAGCUCGAUACAAUCGGCUCGUGCAGCUCGACAUCAGCCGUCCGAUGGACGCCAUGGGUCAUUUCAAUGCAAAAGUGGUGGACGGUCGCAUUCCGCUCGUGCUCAUACCAAAGUACCCAGUUUUCUUCACGUUCAUGCAGCAGAUUCCGUCUGGAGUGUGGGUUUUGCAGCAGACCUGGAACGCUCACACUGGCAUGAUGGACCCCGGCCUCAAAGUGUUCUGGCCGGCCUGGAACCGAGUCUCGCACAUCGUCACCAAACAAGCUGUCGCGUAUUCCAAUCCAGUCCGAGGCUGCCCCACCUCGGAUAACGUGAUGGUCGACAUCGACAUCUCCAUCAGUUUCCAGAUCGGCCCCACGGAAGACGACGCUGUCAAGUUCAUCUACACUCUUGGAGCCCACCGCCUGGACGAGCUGCUCUAUAGCUUGACAGAGGAAGACAUCCGCGGACUGGUGAACUCAGUUCGCUACGAUCAAUUUGGGAUAUUAAUCCACAACGUCAAAGUCACGAACGUCGAGCUUCCGUCCUCCUUGUCAUCGACACUUGAGGGGACCACGGCGUUCAAAACCCGAAUGGAGGAGCAGGAGAAGAACCAUGAGAACCAACUUCGCAUCCUCGUGAACGAGGAGACCCAGAAGCUGACAGCAGCGCAAAAAGAAAAUGAGCGCGCAGUCCAAGACCUGCUCGCGACAAAGGCUCGAGCGACCAUUAUUCGAAACGAGAUGCGUACGACUGCAGAGGCCAAAGCCCAGAUCGCCAUCGCCCAGCACAAAGCUGCAUACGCCAACAAAAUCAAGGAAGCAGAGGGAUUCAAGAUUGACGCCGUUGCCACUGCCACCGCCGCUUCGGUUCGAGCCCAGACGCAACCAGCAGUCAACCUCGCCAACCUCAAACAGAACUACGCGCAGUACAUUGCUGCAGCCAAGAUCAAAAGCGACGCCAUGGUUAAGGCUGCAGAACGUGAGGCGGCAAAGAUUCUGGCGGACGCCGAAGCGGAGGCGGUUGCUGCGUCGUUUCUUGCCGAAAAGAGGUCGUUCGACUACCAACAGAAGAAGAUCCGCCUAGAAACUGGUCUUGCGCAGGUGGUUCCAAUGGUUAUCAGCGGCAAGAACGGCGACGACUUGAUCCGCCAGACUGUACUCCAGACACUAGACAAUAAGAAAUGA